GCUCUGUAGCGGCUAGCCCGCACUGCAGUGACUCUUAGCACGCCGAGGAUGCACAAGACCGGAAGAUGGAAUCGGUGUAGGUAUCCCUAUUGAUCUGGGUAUACUAUAAAUCCAUACAAACUCAUCCACCGGAGACCACACUCUUUGAGAACUGAGAGAAAGAUAAUCUAUCCUUCCUUUUACCUGACACACUGUGUGUGGACCAAGGCCAGGUAAAAGUGAGAGAGGACAAAAGCACAGAAUGUACACAGCAAAACUGGAACCCACUGUAAACCACUGACUGAACACAAUGUCCUUCCUCAGUGAGGGAAGAGACAGUCAGAAACCAUCAAUCUGUCUCACUCACCGUCAGUGAACAUACCCAAGACUGUCCAUCAAAACCCAGUUGUUCCUGCCGCCACCACAUGACCAGCUCUGGCCUUGAGACCGCCAGUCCUGUGUGAGUUAGUGUGUAACAGUGUGAGUGGAUGUAGCUAGGAUGAGGGGGCAGGAAGUGGGAGGUCCCACUUACAGUCAGUGAAAAUCCCAAGACACCCAAGAGACUGUCCAUCACAUCAAGACCCAGCCAUUACUGACUUUACAUAACCACAUAACCAGGACUGGCCUGGAGACAGCCAGUCCUGUGUGUGUGUGGAAGUAUCCCAGUGUGUGUGAGUGGGUGGAGGUAUCUAGGAGGAGGAGGAGGGGGUGGCCGUUGUCUUCUCAGGCCGGAUGCAGAACAUCCUUGAGCAGAACUUAGACAUGGCCACGGCUCUGCUGGCGGGGGAGAAGCUGAAGGAGCUGAUCCUGCCUGGCUCUUCCCAGGAUGAGAAGGGAGGAAUGCUGGCCGGCCUCAUGGUCCAGCUCAAACUGGAGCUACCAUUUGACCGCGUCGUCACCAUCGGCACCGUCAUCAUACCCAUCCUGCUCGUCACUCUCGUCUUCACAAGGAACUUUGCAGAGGAGUCAAUCUACUGCUACACGCCUCACAACUUCACCCGUGACCAGGCCCUGUACGCACGAGGCUACUGCUGGACAGAGCUGCGUGACGCCGUGCCCGGGGUGGAGCCUGACCUUCGACCUUCGCUGUUUGAGCACAAGUUCCUACCCUACGCCCUGCUGGCCUUCGCCGGCAUCAUGUACAUCCCUGCUUUGGGCUGGGAGUUCAUGGCCUCCACAAGACUUACCUCCGAGCUCAACUUCCUGCUUCACGAGAUCGACAACUGCUACCACCGGGCUGCUGAGGGCCGGGCACCUAAGAUCGAGAAGCAGAUCCAGUCCAAAGGACCAGGUAUCACGGAGAAAGAGAGACGAGAGAUCAUCGAGAACGCAGAGAAGGAGAAGAGCCCCGAGCAGAAUCUGUUUGAGAAGUACCUGGAGAGGCGAGGCCAGAGCAACUUCCUGGCCAAGCUGUACCUUGCGCGCCACCUGGCCAUCAUGUGCCUCAGCUCCAUCCCCAUCUCCUACCUGAGCGCCUACUGGCACCGCCAGCGCCAGAACGAGUUCAGCUGUGCCCUGGGGGAGCCUCCAGACUCUAGCAGCAUCCCUGAGCUGAGGCUCAGCGUCAACUGCAAACUGCCAGCCGUGCAGCUGCAGCGCAUUAUGGCCGCCGUAGACAUCGCCCUGCUGAGCACCAUGAACCUUGUCAUCCUGAUCAACCUACUGCACCUGUUCGUGGUGCGGAAGUCCAACUUCGUGUUCGACAAACUGCACAAAGUGGGCAUCAAGACGCGGCGGCGCUGGCAGAAGUCCCAGUUCUGUGACAUCAAUAUCUUGGCCAUGUUUUGCAACGAGAACCGCGACCACAUCAAGUCACUCAACCGGCUGGACUUUAUCACCAACGAGAGCGACCUCAUGUAUGACAAUGUGGUGAGGCAGCUGCUGGCCGCCCUGGCCCAGUCUAACCAUGAUGCUACGCCCUCUGUGAGGGACUCGGGCAUCCAGACCCUAGACCCCAACAUGGACCCCUCUCUCUUGGGGGUGGGAGAGCUGGGAGGGGAGCCGCUGGUCAUCAAACGACCACGCAAGAAGAUGAAGUGGAUCCCCAGCUCCAACCCCCUCCCUCAGCCCUUUAAGGAACCUCUGACAAUGACGCGUUUGGAGAACAGCACUAAGACUGAGAAGCCCAAACCGGUGAGGAGGAAACCAGUGGCAGAGCACUAUGUUGCUCCAUUAAGCAAGAGCACACAGUACCCACCCUCUGCCAAAGAUAUGAGCGCAAUGGAGAAAAAGCACAGUCGCAACUUUACCCUGGAUGUCCACCCAUACAUGCUGACCAUCCGUAAGCCCACCAAGGUAGAGACAGUCAGCACAGAGCCUCUGCCCCCUGACCACACCCUGGACUCUGUGUUCAUCGAGGGCACACACACCAUUGUCCAUGUCUCUGCUUCUAUCACAGAAAAGAAAGAUCGCACCCCAGAGUCCACCAACACGGUCUUCUCUACAGUGACCGUCCCCACCAGCAUCUAUCUGAACGGUGCCACUCCCAACCCACCCUCCCUCGCUGACUGCCACUCUACAGAUUCGCUGAUCAAACAAGAGGAGCCUGAUGCCCAGGCUGCAGUCUUCACUCGGAUCCCUUCCCACCAGCUUAUAAGUAUGCACCAGAUACUCAGUAUGGAGGAAGAGGGAGCAGGAGGCCAGGGGGCCAGACUGGCUGAGAGACCCGGGGGGGAACUAAUCGCUGCUGGGGAGUCCUGAGGAGGAGACACACACGUCCCCCCUCAAAAAAUUUCCCCAAACACAGCAAUAUGUACUCACCACUACCAUGCCAAUCACUGUCUGCCUAUAGAAAAACCACCUUGUCCCCCUGUGCUCACAACUUACUACUUCUCUGGUGAAGGGACUGAGUGAGGGUGCCGAUGGUGCUGAACCAUAAUUUUUAGCUGGAGUGAUGAAGAUUUAAUAAGAUGCAGCAAAAGAGUGGAUACUGGUUCAAUGUGUGCUGAUAAACCCAGUCAUCUGCUGUAACUUUCUCCGCACAUGAUUUGUCCAGGAUGGGGAGCAAGGAGACUUUGUUGAAAUGCAGACAGCAUUUGGUGCUCAUAUCUUGGAGAGGAAGCAGCUCAUAUUACAUAACCUAGGAAAGAGAAAAGGGAAGGUGGAAUGCAAAUACAUACCGUUUGGUUUGAAGCUUUUUACACACAUUUUAGUAAAGCACACCAUGUAAAAGACUGCUUCACCAACAGCUACAUUAUGAAAACAUGUUUAUAAAAACAUUAAUAUUAUUGCUUAUUGUUCCUCUAUCCAUGUAUACUGAAAGCCCAUGCAAUACAUGUUUAAAAUCUGCACUGCAAUAUAUGCAAAAUAAUAUGCAAUAAUGUAUACACUUCCAAUUUACAAUACAUUUUACAUACUGUAAAUCAUCUAUGGACUGUAGCCCUAUAUCGGUUGUUGUGGUGCGCUUCACACAUAAAUGUUCCAUUAGUUAAUCAGUGUCAUUUGACCACACAGAAGACAGAGGAGGCGAAGUGAGAAUGCACCCACCUUACUGAAGAUUGGGCUCAGAAGUUGCAAUCUGUAACUUUAAUUUUCUCAGUGGCACACAGACCUAUCCAAGAAGUGAAACAAAAACAAAAUGGAUACAUUUGUUUUAGUUCUCCUUGUCGUGAUAUCUCUAAUUAACUAACUAUGUUUCAUUGUUACCCGUUUAAAUGAAUCAUGUAACAAUUAACUAAUUGGGAUCUGGGGCACCAUGAGAGAGGUUCUUUAAAGAGUUACCAUCUCCUGAAUUAAACUCUAAAAGGUCUUUACCUAUCACAUCUAUAAACAGUCAACGUAUUAAUGAUAACCUCAUAUCAUAUCAUCAUUCUGAACAGUCAUAACCACCUUGCAUCUGCAAAAAUCCGAGCCUUACUUUUGAUUCAAUACUACACAAAUUGUUUUAAUUAUUUAUUUACUAGCUAAUUAAAUGGGAACACAGGAUAAACAUACACACUCUGCAACGGUU